UUUAAUUGUGAGCUGCUGCUGUUCUUUCAGGCUGUGAGCUGCUUUGAAGCCCUCAUUCUGAAAGCAGAGGGGAAAGUAGAUCCUGGUGUUUUCUGCCAGCUCGGACACUUCAAUCUCCUGCUUGAGGACUAUCAAAAAGCAUUAUCUGCAUACCAGAGGUACUUCAGUUUACAGUCGGACUACUGGAAGAAUGCUGCCUUUUUGUACGGCCUUGGAAUGGUUUAUUUCCAUUACAACGCAUUUCAGUGGGCCAUCAAAGCCUUCCAGGAGGUGCUGUACAUCGACCCCAGUUUCUCCAGAGCUAAAGAGAUUCACCUGAGACUGGGACUGAUGUUUAAAGUCAACACGGACUACGAGUCAAGCUUGAAGCAUUUUCAGCUGGCUUUGAUUGACUCCAAUCUCUGCACGCUGUCCAAAGCUGAAAUUCAGUUCCAUAUCGCUCAUUUGUAUGAAAUUCAGAAGAAGUACAGAGCAGCCAAAGAGGCUUACGAGAGUCUGCUGCAGACGGAGAAUCUUCCUGCUCAGGUGAAGGCAACCACACUACAACAACUAGGCUGGAUGCAUCACACCGUGGAACAGCUCGGAGACAAAGGCACCAAGGACAGCUACGCCAUCCAGUGUCUGCAGAAGUCUCUGGAAGCAGACCCCAACUCUGGCCAGUCCUGGUACCUACUCGGCAGGUGCUACUCCAGUAUUGGGAAGGUGCAGGAUGCCUUCAUCUCAUACCGUCAGUCCAUCGACAAGUCAGAAGCCAGUGCCGAUACCUGGUGCUCCAUAGGCGUGCUGUACCAGCAGCAGAACCAGCCUAUGGACGCGCUUCAGGCCUACAUCUGCGCCGUUCAACUGGAUCAUAACCACUCUGCCGCCUGGAUGGACCUGGGCACCCUUUACGAGUCCUGCGGCCAGCUGCACGACGCCAUGAAGUGUUACAUCAAUGCCACUCGCAGCAAGACCUGUCUGAACACCGCAGCCCUCACGCAGCGCAUCAAACUCCUGCAGGCUCAGUUGUGUAACCUGCAUCCAGGUAGUCUGCAGAACAAGAGCAAAAUGCUUCCUAGUAUAGAGGAGGCGUGGAGCCUUCCCAUCCCCGCUGAGCUCACGUCCAGGCAGGGGGCCCUGAACGCCACACAGGCACAGCAGGCCUGUAAAGGUGGUGAAGCCCCGUCUGCCAGCAAUCACUCAGACCCACAAGCUAGUCCGGCCAAGAAGAAACGAACUGCCAGCCCGGUGAAGAGUGCUGCAGACUCCAUCAGCUCCAACCAACCGCAGAUGUCCAGCUGCUAUUUAACCCCUCAGAAACUCAAGCACCUGGAUCACUUGCGGGCCCACCGAGCGAGCCUGAAGCCCCCGGAGCUGCAGAUGCUUCAGCUCCUGGAGAAGCAGUUCUCUGCCGCGCAGCAGCAGCAGCAGCAGCAGCAGCAGCAGCAGCAGCAGAUGAGGCAGCUGGCGGCAGACGGAGGCCAGCCACGGCCCGGCCUCUCCAACGGCCCGUCGGGUGACUCCUCCCCCCCGGUCCGCCCCCCUUCUGCCAACGGGGCGUGUUCGAUGAGUCCUGCGGCGGGACUGCAGGGGCACCCGGACAAAAGCCCCAGCUUGUGGUUGGGAGGUGGCAGCACGGUCAAUGGAAAUGUGCCUUACUCUCAGAAAACCUCUCUACCUCACACCUGUGCAGCCGCCAGCAGCACCAGCAGCACCAGCAGCCCCAUCCAUGCAGACGACACCUGGAAGAGCCAGCAGCGCAACACUACCACUCAGGAGCUUCAGAAAGAUCCAGGUUCACAUUCGGCAGGUCCUAAUGGAGAACCCCCCUCCUCCUCUUCCUCCUCCCCCCUCCAGAACCCCCUCUCCUCCUCCUCCUCCACCGGCAUCCUGAAUCAGGUUGGACAUGGUUCUGGGCCCUGCACUGCCUCCUCCUCGGCCUCCUCUUUGUCCCCCACCUCCCCCCAAACAACUCCCAACCACCUGUCCUCGCCUCCCCACUUUGCUACUACCUCAGGGGUCCACACCAAAGACAACGCACCUUCAGGUGGCAGCAGGGGCGGAGCUUCAACGUUGGGCAGCAUCAGGCCUUCUGGAGAAGCUCCACACAGUCCGAGCACCACCCCCAUGGAGGGAUUAGCUAAUCACAUCCAGCCGGGGGGGACGGACGGCUCCUCUGCCCCCAGUAUGCUAAGUUCAGACAAUCCUCAACUCUCAGCCUUGCUAAAGGGAAAAGCCAAUGCAACCAGUGCAGACCAUGCUGACUGCAGCACCCACGGAGGGUCAGAGAAAACCAACAACAUCCGCCCGGGUCUCCAUGCUGCCACGGAGCACGCCGGUGCCUCUUCCUCUCUGUGUGCCGCCACAACCGCCUCCCCUCGCACCCCCGACGGCCCGAACUGCUCGUCCAGCAUCCACGGUCAGGGGCCUGCUCUCAACGGGAACAGGAGUCCGCUGAAGGCAGAGCCGGCGUGGGGGGCUCACAGACUGUCUUCUGGUCCGAGUCCCUGGUCCUCAGUUUCCAUUUAUCCCAGCUCCAGUGAAGUGCUCAAAGCGUGCAGGAAUCUGGGGAAGAACGGCUUGUCCACCAGCAGCAUCCUCCUGGACCGGUGUCCCCCUCCGCGGCCUCCCGCUCCCCCCUCUCCUCCGCUCCCAAAAGACAAGCUCAACCCCCCCACGCCCAGUAUCUAUCUGGAGAACAAGAGGGAUGCCUUCUUCCCCCCCCUCCACCAGUUCUGCACCAACCCGGCCAACCCGGUCACGGUCAUCAGGGGGCUGGCUGGAGCGCUCAAGCUGGAUUUAGGGCUGUUCUCCACAAAGACUUUGGUCGAGGCCAACCCCGAACACCUGGUGGAGGUGCGGACCCAGCUCGCCCAGCCCGCCGAUGAGAACUGGGACCCCAGCGGCAGCAAGAAGAUGUGGCGCUGCGAGAGCAGCCGCUCCCACACCACCAUCCUCAAAUACGCCCAGUACCAGGCCUCGUCCUUCCAGGAGUCUCUGCGGGAGGAGAAUGAGAAAAAGAAAGAGGUGGAGGCAGAAGCAGGUUCCCCAGAGAGUUUGAUGCGCAGAAGAAAAGCUCCAUUCAAGCACAUCAAGUUUGGAACCAACAUCGACCUUUCAGACGAGAAGAAGUGGAAGCUGCAGCUGCAGGAGCUGACCAAGCUGCCGGCCUUUGCCCGGGUGGUGUCUGCCGGUAACCUGCUCAGUCACGUGGGACACACCAUCCUGGGCAUGAACACCGUCCAGCUGUACAUGAAGGUGCCGGGCUGCAGGACGCCAGGCCACCAGGAGAACAACAACUUCUGCUCCGUCAACAUCAACAUCGGUCCCGGCGACUGCGAAUGGUUCGCCGUCCCUGAGGCGUACUGGGGCGUCAUCAACAGCUUCUGUGAAAAGAACAACAUCAAUUUUCUGAUGGGCUCCUGGUGGCCCAACCUGGAGGACCUGUACGAGACCGACGUGCCCGUUUACCGCUUCAUCCAGCGGCCUGGAGACUUGGUGUGGCUCAACACCGGCGCCAUCCACUGGGUUCAGGCCAUCGGCUGGUGCAACAAUAUUGCGUGGAACGUGGGACCCCUCACAGCAUAUCAGUACAAGCUGGCAGUGGAGCGCUACGAGUGGAACAAGCUGCAGAGCGUCAAAUCCAUCGUCCCCAUGAUCCAUCUCUCCUGGAACAUGGCGAGGAACAUCAAAGUCUCGGACCAUAAGCUUUUUGAGAUGAUCAAGUACUGCUUGUUGCGGACGCUGAAGCAGUGUCAGGUGCAGAGGGACAUGCUGCAGGCUGCCGGGAAGGAGCUGGUGUGGCACUGCAGGACGCAGAGCGAGCCGGCGCAUUACUGCAGCGUUUGUGAAGUGGAGGUGUUCGACCUGCUUUUUGUGACCAGUGAGAGCAACAGCAGGAAGACGUACAUCGUUCACUGCCAGGACUGCGCGCGCAGGGCCAGCGCCAACCUGGACAACUUUGUGGUGCUGGAGCAGUACAAGAUCAGCGACCUCAUGCAGGUUUAUGACCAGUUCACACUAGUAAGUGUCUGACUGAACCACGCCCAC